AUGCUGGCCUGUCUGCAGAGGACCCAGAACCCCCCGGGCCAGCGCCUGGCCUGCCCGAGCAAGAGCCUGGAGCUGCGCAAGUGCGAGACGGUGGCCAGCUCCAUGCAUUCCUCCCGCUACCCGAGCCCGGCCGAGCUGGACGCCUACGCUGAGAAGGUGGCCAACAGCCCGCUGUCCAUCAAGAUCUUCCCCACCACCGUCCGCGUGCCGCAGCACAAGCACCUGGGCCGUGCCGUCAACGGCUACGACACCUGCGGCCAGCGCUACGGCCCCUACCCGCCGCCCGCCGGCCACCAGGGCCUGCUGGCCGUGGUCAAGGCCGCCGUCUCCUCCGCCGCCGCGCCCGCCGCGCCCGUCAAGGGCGUGCUCAAGAGCGCCGAGGGCAAGCGGACCAAGCUGUCGCCGGCCGCCGUGCAGGUGGGCGUCGCGCCCUACCCGGCGCCCGGCACUCUGGGGCCCCUGGCCUACCCCAAGCCCCCAGAGGCGCCCGCCCCGCCGCCCGGCCUGCCCACGGCCGCCGCCACGGCCGCCGCCGUCAUCCCCCUGCCCGGCCGCGGCCUGGCCCUGCCGCCCUCCAACCUGCCCUCCAUCCACAGCAUCCUCUACCAGCUCAACCAGCAGUGCCAGGCCCCGGGCGCGGCCCCCGCCGCCUGCCAGGCCGUGGCCGUGCCCCAGCCCAGCCCGGCCAAGCACGGCCUGGUGCCCAGCUUCCCCAGCCUGGCCUACUCGGCCGCCGGCCUGCCCGACUGCCGCAGAGGCGCCGAGCUGGGCCCGGGGAGCGCGGCCUUGACCUUGGCCGGAGCCGCCAAGCCGGCGGGGUACGUGGACGGCAGCCUGGACUACCUGCUGUGGCCGCAGAAGCCGCCCCCGCCGCCGCCCCAGCCUCUGCGGGCCUUCAGCGGCAGCGCGGCGGCCGGCAAGUCCCCGGAGGCUUGUGGGGGGCGGGCGUACGAGCGGCCGGCCGGGUCCCCGCUCACCUGCGGCGUGGGGCUGCCCGGCCUCGCCGUGGGCCAGUACUUCGCGGCGCCCUGGAACAGCAUGCUGGUGACGCCCACCAGCGACGGCUACAACCCGGCGGGGGCCGCGGCGGAGCUGGGCCCCGGGGGCGCCCGGGAGCUGGGGGCGCCGCCCGCCGAGGCCCUCCCGGGCCUGCCCAGCAGGGGCGCCUGCGGCUCGGCGGCCCUGAGCAGCAGCCUGCAGUCGCUGGAGUAUCUCAUCAACGACCUGCGGCCGCCCUGCAUCAAGGAGCAGAUGCUGGGCAAGGGCUACGAGACGGUGGCGGUGCCCCGGCUGCUCGACCACCAGCACGCCCACAUCCGCCUGCCCGUCUACAGAUAA